GUAGUAAGAGUUAUGCGCGGGCGCGUAUGUCAAGGCUAUAUUUAUCCCAGAAAGCUUUUGAGGAAGAUGCUUAUAUUUUACGCCUUGUUAUUUAACUAUAAUUUCAUAAAUAAUUAUUAUUAAAUUAUCAAAUUUUGAUUAUUUUAUCUUGUUGUAUUAACAACUACGUGUGGAAUCAAUUCAAGUUAUUAAAAUUAAUCUUAAUUAUGGUGAUAAAAAGGAAAAAAAAAAAUUGUCAAAUGUUGCAUUGAAAUUUAUAGAAAAGCUGUAGAGGUUUUUUUUUUUUUUUUUCUUUUUUUAUUGUGGUGUUGGGAUUGAGUGAAUUUUUUUGGGGUUUAAUUAUUGGGCGGAUGAGACAGUGUGGUGAUUUUUUUUUCGACAUAGAAAUUUGAUAGUUUCGAGUGAUAUUUCGAAAUGAAAAAAGAGUGAUUUUUUCGAACGAAAAAAAGGCUGGUAAUUGUGUUGGUUUAAAGCUAAAUAAAAAAAGCGUCUUGGUUUUGUGCGUUUCAAUUGACGAUACUGAAAAAAUUUAAUAAUAACUAAAAAAAAAAAAAAUUUUUAUUAUCAUAUAAAAAUAUAUUAUCAAUGGAAUUUUUUAUUAUUGGUAUUUUAUAUUGUAAUUGUAUCGGCAAUAUUAAAAUAUAAAAGCGGCAAAAAAUAGAUCAAAAGAAAAUUGAGCUUUUUCAAUAUGAAAGCUCAAUGAAUUUAUUAUUGAAUUAAUAAUAAACAUUAAUGAAAAAAACAAUAAAUAAUACAUGAUAAAUUGAUGAAAAUUAAUUGAAAAAAAAUUAUAAUAAAUUUAAUUUAAAAAUAUAUUAUUGUAAAAAUAAAAAAAAACGAGAUGCGCUGGUUAGCAAGAUGCACGUUGUGCCUUGGCAUAAUUUUUUUCAUCAGUAUUGGAAUCAGUCGUCAACAGGAGGAGGAUAUACCACACAAUGAAGUUAGAAAUUGGGCGCUAAAAUUUGGAGUUGAUUUGUGGGAAUUUGGAAGACAAGCAACAAAACUUGGUGAAAUACAACGGAAUUAUCAUAGUAUGCAAGCAACUGUUAAUAAAAAAGACGGUCUUGUCCUAGUACGUGAAAUGGCUGCAGAAGUUAAAAAUAUGUUGGAUUUUAAAAUGAAUGCAGUUAUGAGAUUAAUGGAAAGUGCUGAACAAGCAGCAGUAUCAUCACCAAAAGAAGGAUCAUCAUCACCAAAAUAUUAUAGUUCUCAUGAAAUAAAUAAAAUGACUGAUGAUGGAAAGCUAAUAUCAGGAUCUCGAGAACUUUUAUUAAAUGGUAAUCGUCAUUUUGAUAAUUUACCAGUUAAUUUGAGUGUGUCAGCUAUACUUUUACCUCCAGGUGUUAAAAAUUCUGAUAGUGAUGUUUUAAGUGGUCUUCAAUGGACUGACAUAUUGGAUCCUUUAUUUGUCAACAACUACGAGAGUGAUCCAACAUUGUCUUGGCAAUAUUUUGGAGCAACAUCAGGAUUUCUUCGUCGUUUUCCUGCAAUUGCUUGGCCACCACGUCGUUCAACAAGAUAUCCAGAUGGUGGUCCUGAUGUUUAUGAUUUUCGUGCACUUGAUUGGUUUAUUGGUGGUGCAACAAGCCCAAAAGAUUUAGCAAUAUUAAUUGAUAGUACAAUAUUUUCAUCAAGAAAAUUACGUCAUCUUGCAAUUGCAACAGCUAAAAGUAUACUUGAUACAUUAUCACCAAAUGAUUAUGUUAAUGUUUAUCGUUAUGCUGAUAAUGCUGAUGAAAUUGUACAAUGUUUUAAAGAUAGUCUUGUACAAGCAUCACCAGAAAAUAUUAAAGAACUUAAAUUUGCAUUACAUACAAUACAAUCAGAUUCAAUAACAAAUAUAUCAUCAGCACUUGGUACAGCAUUUGAAAUAUUAAAUAAAUAUAAUAGAACUGGUCUUGGUGGUCAAUGUAAUCAAGCAAUUAUGUUAAUAACAUCACAAACUGAAGGUGCAUCAAGAGAUUUAAUAAAACGUUAUAAUUGGCCACAUAUGCCUGUUAGAAUUUUCACUUAUUUAAUUGGUGGUGAUAAAAGUACAGAGCUCAAAGAUAUGGCUUGUUUAAAUAAAGGUUUUUAUGCAAGAAUAACAUCAAUGGAAGAUGUUAAAACUAAAGUUUUCGAAUAUAUUAAAAUACUUGCUAGACCAAUGGUUCUUUAUCAACAUGAUCAUCCAAUUCACUGGACACCUGCAUAUAUUGGUGGAGAAAGUGGAAGAUUUGGUGAAUCGAGACAUGGUCAAUUGAUGACAUCUGUUACAGCACCAAUUUUAGACCGACGAAAUCACACGAUAAAAACAGCAAAUUUACUUGGAAUUGUUGGGACUGAUGUUCCAGUUGAAGAAGUCCAGAAACUUGUUCCACCUUAUAAACUCGGUGUCAAUGGCUAUUCAUUUAUUGUCGACAAUAAUGGUCGUGUUCUUUAUCAUCCUGAUUUACGUCCACUGCCUUCAAGUGUAAGUUAUGAAGAAUCUUUACGUCCUCGUUACACAAGUGUUGAUUUAUCAGAGGUAGAAUUAGCCGAGUUUGAUGGACCAACUCACCCACUGAAUAAUUCUCUUCUUCUUGAUCUGAGACAUGACAUGAUUGAUCAAAAAGAAGGCGAGACAAAUUUCGCGGUAAAAAUUCAUUACGAUGAAAUGAAAAGGGUGACAAUUAGACGACAUAAUUAUUUUUAUAAACCAAUUACGGGGACUCCGUUCUCUCUGGGAUUGGCAUUACCCGAGGGUUAUGGAAUGCUUGAAGUACAUGCUGAACUGGAGCUUAAACAUGCCAUUGUUAAUGUAUUUGAUUAUUUAAAUGGUACAAAUUGGAAGGUACAUCCUGACUGGGUUUAUUGUGAAUACAGUUCAGCAUCAGAUAAAAAAUUUAUAACCCCAGAAGAACGUAUACUCCACUUUCUAAGUCGCACUAGAAUGCCAGGCUGGAAGUGGAUGUCAAUGAGACCAAAGAGUCCCAGCUCGCAUCAUAAUCAAGCGAGCAAACCAGAUAAAGAUGCACAUUAUUGUGACAAACGACUUGUUCAAUCUUUGGUUUUAGAUGCAGUUGUAACUGGUGGAUUUAAUAAAAGAGAUAGUAAUACAAUGCACAAAGAGGAAAAUCAAAACCCUAUUGCCAUACUGAUGGCUCUACUGCACAGCCAAGGAAAAGGAAGAUUUGAUGUCGUUCGAAGUUUUAUUGCAACAAGGAGUGGACUAUUUCGUUGGCAUGAUCAUCAAGAAAAUAAGGACACAGAGGAUGAACCACAUUUUGCUGGAAUGAAUAAAAGAGCUAUGGAUACAUCAUGGUAUAAAAGAGCAGCUGAACAACAUGCUAUUGAACCAUUGAGUUUUGUUUUUAGUGUACCAUUUAAUGCUGCUGAACUUGCUGAUCCAUUGGUGACAGCAACACAUGCAGUAUUUGUUGAAGGUACCAAUAAAGGACACAAAGCACCAGCUGCUGUUGUUGGUCUUCAAUUUCAUCAUUCAUCACUUGCAACUCAUUUUAUGAAUAUCACCUCAACAUGUGUAAAUUGUAAGAAAAAUUGUGCAUCUGAAGAACUUGAUUGUUAUAUAUUAGACAACAGUGGUUUUAUAAUAAUAAGUGAACGUCAUGAACAUACUGGUAAAUUUUUUGGUCAAAUUGAUGGUACAAUAAUGGAUUCAUUAGUACAAGAUAGAAUAUAUAGAAAGGUAUCAGUUGUUGAUUAUCAAGGUGUAUGUCCACCACAAGAAUCUCAUGUAUCAUCAGCACCAAAAUCAAUAAUAACAAGCUCAAUAAUCAAAACAAUUGGAACAAUAUUUGGUCUUAUUUGGAGUUCAAUUAUACGUUUAAAUAUACAACAAGUAUUAAAUAUACAACCAGUUUUAUCAUGGCCAGGUGAAAUAUCAAAUGAUAAACCAGAUUUUAAUAAUGACAAUAUUGAAAAUCCAUUUGAAACAUAUCCACCAAAUUUGACUGAUGAUAAUAAAUUAUCAAAAAAUAAUGGUCUUCCAGAAAUAUCAGCAGCCCAAUCAACAUCAUUAAAAUCAAAUAGCAAUCCAUUACCAGCACAGUAUAAAAUAAAUAAAGUUAGAACAUGUGAAAAACGUACUGAUUUAUAUAUUUUACAGCCUGAAAGAUUAAACACAAGUGGACAAAGUAAUCCAUUAAAAGGAAAAUUAACAAAUUGUCAUGUUACUGGCUGUGAAAGACCUUUUAGUGUACAAAAAAUUGUUCAUACAAAUUUAAUUCUACUUGUUGUUGAUACACUGUGUCCAUGUGGAAGUAAACAAUUAAGUAUUGAUCCAAUUGAGGCUGUUACUGAACCAGGUGCAUGUACUGCAAGACGUGAACGUCUUUAUCGUAAAAGACCACCAAAAUGUAUUAACUAUCAUCCAGAAGAAAUGGAAAUUAAAUAUUGUGGUAAUGCAUUUAAUCAUCGUAUUUUUAAUGGUUUUAUUAUAACACUAAUUAUCAUUCAUUUAACGUGACUUAAUUUUUUAUAAUUAUAUUUUUAAUAUCAACAAUUGUCAGCCAACUUUUUUUCUUUUUAAAUAAUGAUUAUUUAUCUAGCUAUUUAUGAGCAAAUAAUAUCUAUAUAUAUAUACACAAAAAUUUACAGUAAUUUUUUGUUUUUUUUUGUUACUCUCUUUUAAAUGAGGUAGAAUAAUUUUUAAUUAUUUAAAACUAUAUCAACAGAAAGACUAAUAUUCCAAAGAAAAAAAAUAAAAACAAAAAAAAAAAAAAAAAAAAGAUGUAAUAGUAAUUAUUUUCAUCUACAGAUUUUAGAUUGAGAAUUUAAAAGAAAAAAAAAAUGAGUUUAAAAUAAAAUUAUUAUUAAGUAAUUUAAUAAUUAAAUGGAUAAAAAAAAAAAAAAAAAAA